AUGGGCAGCAGUUUGUGGGAGGUCGAUGGGCUUGCGGUUGUGGUUACUGGGGGUGGCUCGAUUGGUGGCGUUGGCGGAGACGGCAGAGGGACGAUGGCGAUGUGGCAUACGGUUCGACAUACGAUAAAGGAUUUUUCAUUGUUGCCGUCAUCUCUACGGCAAUCGAGGUCUUGGCGGCGACGUUCUGUACUUCAGCCUUCAGUGAUAUUUGGUGGCGGAUGGGCCGUGGCCGACCUGGUUAUAGCCAUUGGAAUGCUCUUCGGUUUUGGGGUAUUCAAGCAUGGGUUUCACAAAUUGAAGGAUACGGUGCAUGACUACGAUCCCACCGCCGUAAGUGGAGGCGCCGCCUACGGACGCCGCCCUUUUUUAGGGAAUUGUAAAGAUGAAGAUGGAGAAAGAGAGCAUGAGCAUAAGGAGUCACCAGCCCCUUAUAACCAGCUUGAGAUGGUUCUGCUAAGGGCUACGGUUGUGAUCUACCGUGCUGGGCAUCACAAUUUUCUGUGCCGGGAAAAUUAG